ACCAACGUGAUAUGAGUGGCAACGUUGAAAAUGUGAAAUCAAAAUAAAGCCCUACCUAACCUUCCUCUGCAUCUGCUUGUUGCCUUCCACGGUGAAGGUUGCGGCUCAGUUGUUCUUUACGAUUCCAUGGCAUUGGCAGCUGUUUGAAAUAAUCUUGUUCUGAUCGGAUGCUUCUUCGCCGACUUGGAGCUGUAUUUCCUUCAUCAAGAAGGUUGUUUAGCAGCAACAGCGACCAUGACUUAGCAAAUACCAUUGCUGAAUUUAACAAGGAAAUGGAAUCAGUAUUUGGAGAGCCUCCUUCAAGUGGGACUUUGGAUUCUUCAAAUAACAAUUUUACAGUUGAGAAGUCGGAAAUGAUAUCUCAAACAGAUGAAAAUGCUCUGUCUUUGACUCAUGUUGGGGGAGCUGGGGAAGCUCAAAUGGUGGAUGUUUCUUCAAAAGAAAGUACCAAAAGAAUUGCAGUUGCUAGUUGCAAUGUAAUUCUCGGCAAGAAGGUGUUCGAUUUGGUCUUAGCUAACCAGAUGACCAAGGGAGACGUCCUCAGUGUUGCUAAAAUUGCAGGAAUAAGCGGAGCAAAGCACACAAGCACCCUAAUUCCACUUUGUCAUAACAUAACCCUGACACAUGUACGCGUCGAUCUUCAUUUGAAUCCCAAAAAUUACAGUGUGGAUAUUGAAGGAGAAGCUGCAUCGACAGGAAAAACAGGGGUUGAAAUGGAAGCAAUGACAGCAGUGACCAUCGCUGGCCUUACUGUCUAUGAUAUGUGCAAAGCAGCUUCAAAAGAUGUACAGAUCACAAAUGUGCGACUCAAAAGCAAAAUUGGUGGAAAGAGUGGACAAUGGUCUAGGGAGGAGUAAAAGCUAUCUUGUAAAGAAACCGGAUAGCCCCCAGGUUGAUUCCUUGGCCAAUUGUUGAAGAAUUGUCAACGAAAUGUUGGGUUUUAGUUGUUUCUUGAGUAGUGAUGCCCUUUGAAGGUUUAGAACUCCUCUAAGUAAUGAAAGAAGAGGUCUUUAGUGAUGGGCUGAGGAGGAAACUGGAAGAGUCAGACUCGUACUCUUCUUUAAAUGGUUUGUUUUGUGUUUUUGAAUUGCAAAUAGGAGCUUCUUGGGUUGUUUGGUAUCAACAGGAGGCAGCACAGAAAGAUUAGAUAUUGUUGUGUCAUGCAACCCUUUGUUGUCAUUCCCUUUGUUCAGAAUACACCGUGAUAGCCCCAGUGAGGGAUACAUUAGGAUUAUUUGUAGGAUAUUGUGGAGGGCAUAAGGGUUACUCCCUAUAACCUUUCGAGAGAGUUAUCUCUCCCAUUGUUUUCACAAUGGAAAUUCCUACCAAAAUCUCCAUACCUCUCUAAGGGCUCUAACACACUAUAUUUAUGCCUUUAUUAACAUCCUACUAAUAAUCCUAAUCUAUCCCUAACUAGGGCUCUUGUAUACACAUAUUGUCAUUGACACUGUUCUUUUACCUG